CACUCGCAUGAAUAUAGGCAUUAAGGGUUGCGCCACACGGACAGAUUAUUCUUCACUUUUUUGUUGAAUUGCUCGAGGCACGAGAGAGCAAAAGUUCAUAGGUUAUCAUGGCUACUGAUGCGAAGAAAAGAAAAAUAUUCGACGAGAAAGACGCUGAAUUGAGCGAUGAAGAUAAGAAGCUUCAAGAUGAUCUUCGCCAACUGGUGGAAGAUGUGGUUGAGAACAGAUCGGUAUCGUCAGCCCUGUCCAACCUGCGCAAACUGAUGCGCAGCUCAACGACCUCGAUGACAGCCGUUCCCAAACCCUUGAAGUACCUCAAGGACUCCUACCCAGUGUUGAUCCGAGCCCACAAGAAAAAAACCGACCCGAAAGAAGCAGCUCGUCUGGCCGACGUGAUCAGUGUCCUGGCACUAGCCGCGUCAGCUCCAGGUAAGAGAGACUGUCUGGACUACUGCCUUCGAGGGACUUUAGCCAACCCCGGCGACUGGGGUCACGAGUACGUCAGGAGACUCGAGAUGGAGAUCGUCGAGGAGUGGCUUGGGAUGCCUUACGAGCAGGAGAAGACCAUCACGGAACGACUGUUACCACUGGUGAAGAAGAUCCUCAUCUUCGACGCGAAGCACCACGCGGAGAUCCAGGCUUGCGAUCUCUGUCUCGAAAUCGGACGAUUGGAUCUGCUGAGCGACUGUCUGGAUGAGAACAAUUACUCGAAAGUCUGCCGAUACCUCGCCAGCAGUGCGGACUACACAGAAGAUCUGGAGCGACGAGACCUCCUAAAAGCUGUGACGACUCACUACUUAAAGUUUCACGAGUACAGCCGAGCUGUCCUGGUCGCCUUGCAACUACCCGACACGGAUUUGGUUCGCGAGUGUUUUGCAAAGUGCCAGGACCCAUUAAUCAGAAAGCAAAUGGCUUUCGUUCUGGCCAGGCAAAAGGAUCAAGCUCAGAGGAAGGACUACGCGGCAGCCGACCUCGAAGCGAUUCUGAGCAAUAGUCACGUGAACGGUUACUUUCAAACGUUGGCUCGCGAACUGGAUAUUCUCGAGCCGAAGACACCCGAGGAGAUCUACCGCAGUUGGCUGGAGACACGACCGGAUAGACUCGCGGAGUAUGACUCGGCGAGAGCUAAUCUGGCAGCUACCUUUGCUUCGGCUUUUGUUCAUACUGGCUUUGGUCAGGACAAGCUUAUGGCUGAUACGGAACAGUGCUGGGUUUACAAGAACAAGGAUCACGCGAUGCUGUCCGCUACUGCCUCGUUAGGCCUGAUAUAUCUGUGGGACGUCGACGGAGGACUUGUGCCGAUCGACAAGUUCCUCUACGCAACCGACGAUCUCGUGAAGUCCGGUGCCCUCCUGGCCAUCGGGCUGGUAAACUGCGGUGUUCAAAGCGAGUGCGAUCCAGCAUUAGCCUUACUAAGCGAAUACGUAAUGUCCCCCAGUCAAAAUCUACGAAUCGGCGCUAUUCUCGGUCUAGGUCUGGCUUACGCCGCUUCGAGAAGAAACGACCUAAACGAGCUUCUCGUCGCACCUCUCGCCGACAAGGAAAGCACUAUGGAAGUUGUCGCGCUGUCGGCUGUUGCUCUGGGCCUCGUUAACGUCGGCUCCGGAGACGCCGAACUUUCUCAGACUAUUCUCCAGAAACUUUUAGAACUUGAUUCGCAACAGCUGUCCUCUACGUACUCUAGAUUUCUGCCGUUAGCUUUGGGCUUGAUUUACAUGGGACGACGGGAGAACAUAGAAGCUCUUUCGGCAGCUUUGGACGUUCUACCGGAUCCGUAUAAACUACCGGCGCAAACGAUGAUCCAAGUUUGCUCGUACGCUGGUUCCGGAGACGUUCUGGUGGUUCAGGAGCUUUUGCGAAUCUGUUCGGAACCGGUGGAAGGCGAUACCAAUAUGAAAAAAUCCUCGACGUCGGUGAAUAGACAGCCCAGUUUCGGAUGCUGCGAUCCACAGAGACAAACGAAUAAUUCCGAGGGUAACGUUAAGAAAAGCAAAUCAAAAAGCGAAGAAGUACCGACCGAAAUUUCUCUCACGCAGCCAAUAGCAUCCCUCGGGGUAGCGAUCGUUGGUCUGAGCGAUGGCAAAGAAAAUUCACGGAUAUUUGGCCAAAUAGGUCGAUACGGAGCACCACCAGCCAGAACAGCCGUUCCUUUGUGCUUCGCUCUAUCCUACCUCUCGAACCCGGAUCCUGGACUACUCGAUGUUCUGAACAAGUACAGCCACGACAACGAUCCAAAUGUUGCUCUUAAUGCGAUUUUCGCUCUGGGUUUAAUCGGAGCUGGAACCAACAAUGCUAGACUUGCCACGAUUUUGAGACAACUGGCGGCUUUUCACUCGAGAGAUCCUGCCUAUCUGUUUCUCAUUCGAAUUGCCCAGGGACUAGUGCACAUGGGAAAAGGCACGAUUACCUUGCAACCUCUGAAAUUCUCUUCAAAAGUACUCGAUCAGGCAUCAUUGGCUGGACUACUCGUGGUUCUGGUAUCGUUCUUGGAUUGUAAGAAUCUAAUACUGGGAAAGUCCCAUUAUCUCAUGUACUGCCUGGCACUUGCGAUGGAACCUCGAUGGCUUGUUACUCUUGAUGAAAAUUUGGAGCUUCUUCCAGUGUCUGUACGAGUCGGUCAAGCCGUAGAUGUUUUAGGAAAAGCCGGAAAUCCAAAGUCGAUAACAGGUGGUCAUGUUCACACAACUCCAUUAUUAAUGGCCCAUGGCGAGAAAGCAGAAUUAGUCAGCAAUGAUGAGUACGAACCUCUUGUCGACCCUAUGGAGGGUGUCGUUAUCUUACGAGCAAAAAUUGCGUGAGUGCAAUCUUAUUUUUUCUAUCCCUUUUUGUCGAACAAUAAUUUGAUAAAUAAAGUAAUGUUCAGUGA